UCCAUAUGAACACAAUUUGUAGAAGGCAAGGCAUUUGCUCUGUUUGUAAUUCAUGAAGGGGACGCCCUUUUAAACAGUGUACUUCACCGUUUAAUUUAAUUGGUCAAACAUUUCACUGUUUCUCCUGUAGUUCGAGCGAGAUUAGAAAUGAUUUGAUCUCCUGAAGAAUUCUAGAUAAGGGUGAUAUGUCGAAACUGUUCGCAAAGAUAUCUGGUUUUUUCAGCUCGCGAACUCUGGUUGGGGUCGACAAGGCCGGCAAUCGAUAUUUUACCAGAAAAGAAGAGAUCGAUGGAAUCAUGAAAGAGAAAAGAUGGGUGAUAUUCAAAGGAGAGACGGAUCCAACUUCUAUUCCGGUUGAGUGGAUAUGCUGGUUGAAUGGGCAAAGGAAGAAAGCUCCUACUCCUGAGGAAAUGCUCGAACUGGAGACAAGGCGUGAACGUGUCAAACUUAAUGUUGCCCUUCUUAAAAAAGAAGAAGAGGAACGGAAAGCUAAAGAGGGUGGUGCUCUUCGAGUGAAGACUGGUAAAGUUGGAGGUCCGGAUUUGAAAAGUUUCAUUCGACAAUUUCCAACUGCUUCCACAGAAGGUGGCAGACAUGAAGAUAUUUCUAAUGCAAUGGAGGACAUGAGGAACUCCCAAGAGACAGAGGAAGAGAAAAUAGUCCCACCUCAAGUGAAACAGCAGCCAGUGCCUUCUGAACCAACAGGAUCUGGCCCAACUUUCAAGCCAGGAACAUGGCAACCACCGACAUGAGAAUCAAGUGCUUGCAUGCAUUGGUACUUAAUCAGUGUUUUCUCUUGUAAGUUGUAACCGGCACAUUUUUUUCGCCAGUGUCAGUUUUGCACUCUCGCAUCUAAUGACUGUAUUCAGUUUAUCCCAGCGAUGCAACAAUCACCUUGUCUAACCGAAUGCUGCUACAUGCUGCAUGAAGGAGCAUGAGGUAGUAACUGAAUCAUCACCCUCUGGUUGGCACACACAAACACACAGACACACACACACACACCAGAUGGUUCAUUUAUGCUGCUUGAGGUGUUACGUGGUGAUGGAGGUGCUGGACCACCAAAAAAAGGCGGAAAAAAAACUAACCAUGUAGCUGAUGUUUUUUGCAAGGUUCAAAGUACUUUUUUUUA